AUGGAUUCCCUGGAGGGUGGGAACCACACUGCAGGGACAGGGUUCAUUUUAUUGGGCCUAACUGACGACCCUGUCCUUCAAGUCAUCCUCUUCAUGAUCAUCCUCUGUGUCUACCUGGUGACCAUAUCUGGCAACCUUAGCACAAUCAUUCUGAUCAGGAUCUCCUCUCAGCUUCACCACCGUAUGUAUUUUUUUCUGAGCCACUUGGCCUUGGCUGACUUAGGCUAUUCAUCUUCUGUCACACCCAACAUGCUUAUAAACUUCCUGGUGGAGAGAAAUACGAUCGCGUAUCUUGGAUGUGCCAUCCAGCUGCGUUCACCUGUUUUCUUUGGGUCAAGUGAGUGCUUCCUGCUGGCUGCCAAGGCAUAUGAUCGCUUCAUGGCAAUCUGCAACCCACUGCUUUAUUCAACCAAAAUGUGCACGCAAGUUUGUGUUUGCCUACUCGCAGUGACUUACAUAGGUGGUUUUCUCAAUGCUUCCUCUUUCACUAUUUGCUUUCUUUUACUCUUCUGUGGACCAAAUCAAGUCAAUCAUUUUUUCUGUGAUUUUGCUCCUUUAGUUAAACUCUCUGAUAGCAGUAUCCCUGCAGUUGUCCCCUCAUUUACGGCUGGCUCCAUCAUUGUGGUCAUGGUGUGCAUCAUAGUGGUCUCCUACAUCUGUAUCCUCAUCACCAUCCUGAAGAUGCGCUCCACUGAGGGAUGCCACAAGGCCUUCUCCACCUGCACGUCCCACCUCACAGCGGUCACUCUGUUCUAUGGGACCAUCACAUUCAUUCAUGUGAUGCCCAAGUCCUGCUACUCGACUGACCAGAACAAGGUGGUGUCUGUGUUUUACAUGGUGGUGAUCCCCAUGUUGAACCCCCUUAUCUACAGCCUCAGGAACAGUGAGAUGAAGGGGGCUCUGAGGAGAGAGCUGGGCAGGAAAGUAUUUUCUUAG